AUGGCGACAAACGUGACAAGCUCGAGCGAGCGGAGGAUCUCCUAUGCUGUUGAUGUCGAAAAUGGCGAGCGCCACAACAAGGAGACUACUGAGGCCGGUGAGGGAGGUCCUACUCUCGAUGAGUACUCUGCUCUGAACCGCUACAUCUCCACUGCUCGCGAUGGCCGUCGUGGUUCCACCUCCUCUGCCGGUGCUCUCAGCGCUGCCGGCGAGAAGAAGAAGCCCUUCUGGAAGUUCUGGGCCAAGCAGGGUGAUGGUGUUGAGGAGGGCUGGCAGGCCCCCGAGGAGUGGCUCGAGACUGACCUUCGCGCUGGUCUCUCCUCCUCGGAAAUCGACCCCCGCCGCAAGAAGUGUGGCUGGAACGAGCUGGUGACUGAGAAGACCAACAUCUUCGUUCAGUUCAUUGGUUACUUCCGUGGUCCCAUUCUCUAUGUUAUGGAACUCGCUGUCCUUCUCGCCGCUGGUCUGCGUGACUGGAUUGAUCUUGGUGUCAUCUGUGGUAUUCUGCUUCUCAACGCCCUGGUCGGUUGGUACCAGGAGAAGCAGGCCGCCGAUGUUGUUGCUUCGCUGAAGGGUGAUAUCGCUAUGCGUGCCCUCGUUAUCCGCAAUGGUCAGGAGGAGGAGAUCCUCGCCCGUGAACUGGUUACUGGUGAUAUCGUCAUCAUCGAGGAGGGCACCGUCGUCCCCGCUGAUGUUCGCCUGAUCUGUGACUUCGACAAGCCCGAGAACUUCGAGACCUACAAGGAGUACCUCGCUACCGCCAACGACGACACUCUCAAGGAGAAGGAGGACGAUGAUGAUGACGAGCGUGACGAGACCCACAUUGGUGUCUCUCUCAUUGCUUGCGAUCAGUCCGCCAUCACUGGUGAGUCUCUCGCCGUCGACAAGUACAUGGCCGAUGUCUGCUACUACACCACCGGUUGCAAGCGCGGCAAGGCCUACGGUAUCGUCACUGCCACCGCCCGCCAGUCUUUCGUCGGUAAGACUGCUGCUCUCGUUCAGGGUGCCAAGGACUCUGGUCACUUCAAGGCUGUCAUGGACAACAUUGGUACCUCCCUGCUCGUUCUCGUCAUGUUCUGGAUUCUCGCUGCUUGGAUUGGUGGUUUCUUCCGUCACCUGAAGAUCGCUACCCCCGAGUCCUCCGACAACAACCUGCUCCACUACACCCUGAUUCUGCUCAUUAUCGGUGUCCCCGUCGGUCUGCCUGUCGUUACCACCACCACCCUCGCCGUCGGUGCCGCCUACCUCGCCGAGCAGAAGGCUAUCGUCCAGAAGCUCACUGCCAUCGAGUCCCUCGCUGGUGUCGACAUUCUUUGCUCUGACAAGACCGGUACCCUGACCGCCAACCAGCUGUCUAUCCGUGAGCCCUACGUCGCUGAGGGUGUUGAUGUCAACUGGAUGAUGGCAGUUGCCGCUAUCGCCUCUUCCCACAACGUCAAGAACCUGGACCCCAUUGACAAGGUCACUAUCCUUACUCUCCGUCGUUACCCCAAGGCUCGUGAGAUCCUCGCCCGCAACUGGAUCACCGAGAAGUACACUCCUUUCGACCCUGUCUCCAAGCGUAUUACUACUAUCUGUACCUGCGACGGUGUCCGCUACAUCUGUGCCAAGGGUGCUCCCAAGGCUAUCCUGAACAUGUCCGAGUGCUCUCAGGAGGAGGCUCAGCUCUACCGUGACAAGGCUACUGAGUUCGCUCGCCGUGGUUUCCGUUCCCUGGGUGUUGCCGUCAUGAAGGAGGGCGAGCCCUGGCAGCUUCUGGGCAUGUACCCCAUGUUCGAUCCCCCCCCGUGA